AUGGAAAGAGAUCCAAAACUAAGAAAACAAGUAAAUUCUGAUCAACUGGUUGCUUUAGUGGAAUUCAUGAGGGGUCAUCAAGAUUUGGCUAAAGGAUUGGUAAGAGGGCGUCGCGGAAAAUUAAAUACUUUAAGUUUGUGGAAUUUGUGUGCUAAGAAACUUAACGUAUUUAAAGAUGGUGCUAGAAAAGAUGGAAAAGGAUGGUCUAAGUAUUGGUGUGACUGGAAAUACAGGGUGCGGAAAAGAGCACUUGAGGAAAAAGCGGCAAAAGAAGGCAAUGCAUAUAUACCGGAAAAUUCAACUCCUCUCUCACAAUUGGAAGAAAAUAUUCUAAGUAUUAUUGGGGAAAGAGCAUUAGAUAGUGUAGUUAUAAAAAGAGAUCCUCUUGCUGAUACGGAAAUUGAAGAACAACAAGACUAUGCCAUUCCUGACAAUCCUGAACCUAAUAAUUUUGAAUCACAAUCAAGUGAGAUAAGGGACAGAAAAAGGCGAUGUUCUUCAAAAAGUAUUUUGGAAAAUGACUGCAUUCAGAACAGAGAAGUCUAUCAAACCGACGACGAUUCAGACCCAGAUACUGCCACAGAGUUUUUGCGAUUAGAAAAGGAGAAAUUAGAAAGUAUUAAAAAAACAGAAGGAUUUGUACAAACCAUUGCAACCGAGAUAACUCGGCUGGCCGAUAUUAUGAGUCAUAUAAAAGAUGAGCUGAUUAAUAAUAAUAGGAUAAAUAUU